AUGGACAGCCCCAUUAAAUGCCUUGGGAAGUGGUAUGAUGCUACACUCCAAGAUGGGAACAACAUCAAGCGCAUCAAGAACCAGCUCACUGAAGGGCUGAAGCAGAUUGACAAAAGCGGACUACCUGGCAAAUUCAAGGCCUGGUUAUUCCAGAAUGGACUUCUCCCACGACUGAUGUGGCCACUGAUGCUUUAUGAGGUGGCAACAACAGUGGUGGAAGGACUGGAGAGAACCAUUAGUAGGCAUUUGCGAAAGUGGCUUGGCGUACCACCCAGCUUCAGCAACAUUGGACUCUAUGGACGAUCAAAUCAACUACAGCUCCCAUUGAGUUCGUUGGUGGAGGAGUACAAGGUGGCAAAGGCCAGACUUGUCAUGACGCUGAAGGAUUCAAGGGAUGACAUGGUCCGAAGAGCAGGUGUUGAGACCAGGACGGGAAGAAAGUGGUCCGCUAGCCAGGCUGUAGCGCAAGCCGAGCGCCGCCUGCGACACAAAGACAUUGUGGGAACAACGGCAGUGGGAACACAAGGUCUGGGCUCUGCGGAGACGAGGAGUUGGAAGAAGGCGGACAGUAGGACAAGGAGGGAGAUGGUCCAGGCAGAGGUACGUCUGGCCGAAGAAGAAGAUCGAGGCAUAAUGGCAGUGGCAAUGGGGUGCCAGGGUGCUUGGACAAAGUGGCAGACUACAGGAAAGAAGAUGACAUGGGCGGAUAUCUGGCGUAGGGAACCUCUGCGCAUCAGUUUCCUGCUCAGGUCAGUCUACGACCUGCUACCUUCACCAGCAAACCUGCACAGAUGGGGAAAACGUGACGACCCAACCUGCCUACUUUGCGGAAAGAUAGGCACGCUAGAACAUACACUAUCAUCUUGCCAGACAGCCCUUACACAAGGAAGAUACAGGUGGAGACACGACAAGGUCCUCCAAGAACUGGCAGACAUAGUGGAAAGGGAGAGGCGGAAGAAGAGGACUGUGAAAGAGACCAGAAAGAUGCAGUUUGUAAAGGAAGGGGAAACCAUCAAGAAGCAGCAGGCGCAAGCAGCAUCGAUCCUAGAUCGUGCGCAGUCAUGGGAGAUGGCUGUUGACCUGAAACGCAGGCUGGUUUUCCCAAGUGUAGUCCAGACAACACAACGCCCCGACAUGGUGAUCUGGUCGGCAAAGGACAAGUGUCUGCAUGUCGCGGUACUCAUUGAACUCAGCUUCCAUCUUCAUCUGAAGCGCCGAAUCCCCAACCUGCCCCAGAAGAAAGAGCACCCGGGCGACCCCCAUUUUCCGCUGCUACGUUUGCGGCUACUGUUACUGUUACUCUUGCCUCUUCUGUCGCUGCUACUGUCGCUGCUACUGUCGCUGCUACUGUUGCUGCUACUGUUGCUUUUACUGUCGCUUCUACUCGUGUGGCUACUGUCACUGCUACUGUUGCUGCUACUACUGUCGACGCCAGUCUGGCUUUGA